AUGGUAGCGGCUCUGAACCGGUUUAUCAGCAAAUCCUCAGACAAAUGCUACGCAUUCUUCCAUGCCUUGAAAGGCAAGAGUCGACGCAAUUUUGAAUGGACCAUGGAUUGCGACUCCGCCUUGACCGAACUCAAAGAAUACUUAAGCUCGGUCCCUAUACUCUUGAAACCAAAGGAGUACGAGACCUUGUAUCUAUACCUUGCCGUCUCCGCCCACGCAGUCAGUUCAGCAUUGGUACGGCGAGUUGGCACAGACGACUUGCCCAUCUACUUCACAAGCAAAACACUCCUCCUAGUGCAAACACGAUAUCUACCACUUGAGAAAUUGGCACUCGCUCUCGUCUCGGCAGCCAGGAAACUCUUCCCCUACUUCCAAUCCUACACCAUAACUAUCUUAACAGAGCACCCUCUAAAAAGCCUCUUCCGCAAGGCUGAUCUCUCCAACCGGGUCUCCAAAUGGGCAGUCGAAUUAGCAAACUUCGACAUCUGUUUCGAGCCACGAACGGCGAUAAAAGGUCAAAUUCUUGCCGACUUCAUCGUAGAAUUAACACUGGAAGAUACGAAAACUCUCAACACCCCUGCUCCUCAACCUAUCACAAAAUUAACAAAAGUACUAAUGCCUUGGAAACUCUUUCAAGGCGACAGCUGCUCUCUAAGUAUCGACUUCCCCGCCAUCAAUAAUGAAGCUGAAUACGAAGCCCUCCUUGCUGGCUUACUCUCCGCAGUUGCGAUGAAAAUCAACCACGAAGACAACGCGCAUGCAGACGCACUCGCUGGCCUUGCCUUAGCUUCUACGGCCUCCAAAUUCAGGACUAUUAACUUCGGAAGUAUCGACCACCCAAGCUUUGACACCACUCCAAAGGUCCUCAACGUCGAACUCGCUCCAAGCUGGAUGGACAAGAUCAUUGCAUUUCUCAAGCAUGACACUUUACCAGUAGACAAAAUGGAAGCUUACUGCAUCAAGAACAAAGUUGCUUACUACUGGUUCUCCGAAAGUGGCCAACUCUACAGGAAAUCUUUCUCGGGCCCUUAUCUCCUCGUUGUCCACCCAACCCAGCUACCAACGGCCCCUGGAGGCUUCAAAUUUCUGAUCACGGCAACGGAUUACUUCUCAAAAUGGGUAGAAGCUGAACCUCUGCCAACAAUCACCGAAGCCGACGUAAGAAGAUUCGUCUGGAGAAACAUCGUCACUAGAUUCGGUGUUCCCUACGCCAUUGUCUCAGACAACAGAAGCCAAUUCGUCAGCAAAGACUUAACCAGUCUCUGUGUCGAAUUUAGCAUACGCUUCUUUAACUCUACUUCAGCUUACCCCCAAGGAAAUGGCCAAGCUGAGGCCACAAACAAGACCGUCUGUGCCGGGAUCAAGCGUCGGCUACACUCCAAGAGAGGAAAAUGGGUUGAGGAACUGCCACAUGUUCUUUGGGCCUACCACUCUACCCCGAGGCGCUCAACAGGCCAAACGCCCUUCUCAAUGGCGUUCGGCAUGGAGGCCGUAAUCCCACUAAAGUCCAGGUUCCCCAUUCUGAGAAUAGAGAACUUCGAUCCAAAGACUAAUGACGAAGCCGUGGAACAGGAACUGAUCUUGGCAUAA